AUGUUAAAUCAUCAUAUUGCGUACGUUCCUAUUAAGUGGAGCAUGUUACCAAUUAAAACUCUUCGAUUUGUCAUCGAGUUAGAGAUUAUAGCUAAUUUUUACAGGGAAAACAAAAUAGAGGGGACUGUGGUUUGCUUGAAAAGUACCGUAACAGUGUUGGAGCGUCACCAGAAUCAUAUUUGGCUGAAAAGGGAUAAUGACGCUAGAACUAGUCCUUAUCAUAAUGACUACAUUGCUAUACUCGUUUCUUGCAUAUUGCCAGGGCCGUAA